AUGGAGGGGGACAGGGGCGCCCGGGCAGGUCCCCCCGGGAGCAGGCGGGGUCCCCCAGCUGCGGACGGUCCUAAAAGGGGCAUCGCCCCCGCGCCCCUCCGAGCGGGGCUGCCCAGCAGGCCGGGAUUUCGCCGAGCUGCGGCUGUAAAGACACUGAUGCUCUUACAGCCCAAGCCCUGUAAUCCAGGCACUGCAGCGCGGGGCCGCAGACAAGGUCCCGGCCACGGCGAGGACACCUUCCCAGCCCGGCCCCUUCCCGCACUUAUAUGGCCAGCCGGAAAACGCUGCCGUGUCUCCUGGUGUCACAGUUUCUCUUCUGGAAACAGUUUCGCUUCCAUACCCCGGGGUAAAAGAUACCCUUCCUUAGUUUUUGGGACACCCAAAUCAUCCAAGAGCAUUAUUGGGAAAAACAGUCCUCUCUGGCAAUACAUACUGGAUCACUCUUUGCGGGAACACCCAAUUCUAAAGAAGCUGAGACUGCUCACUGCUGAUCAUCCCUGUGGUAAAAUGAUGGUGUCCUGUGACCAGGCUCAGCUUAUGGCAAAUUUGGUCAAACUCAUUAAAGCCAAGAAAGUUAUUGAAAUAGGUGUCUUCACAGGUUAUAAUACCUUGAAUAUGGCACUUGUCCUGCCAGAUAAUGGCAGAGUUAUUGCCUGUGAUAUAAAUGAGGAUUAUGUCAAAAUUGGAAAGCCACUGUGGAAAGAGGCAGGAGUGGAGCAUAAAAUUGACCUGCGGAUUAAACCAGCAAUUCAAACACUUGAUGAAUUGCUGGCCAGUGGAGAAGCAGAAACCUUUGACUUUGCUUUCAUUGAUGCAGAUAAAGAAAGCUACAAUGAGUACUAUGAAAAAUGUUUGCGCCUCAUAAAGAAAGGAGGAAUAAUAGCUAUUGAUAAUGUCCUUUGGAGUGGAAGAGUGCUAAAACCAAGAAAGGAUGACUUGGCAACCCAGAGCAUCCACCACCUCAAUGAGAAGCUUCUCAGAGAUGCACGAGUCAAUAUCAGCAUGCUUCCAAUGGGGGAUGGAGUCACAUUAGCAUUCAAGUUGUAA